AUGUUCAAACGUUUACUCAAGAGGACUCGUCUUGAGGUUCGAACCUUAACCCGCACCUUACACAUACCGCCAGUGGAGACAGAGUUUUAUGGUGGACCUCAAGAAGGAUGGCUACGAAAUCUCCUGGAUUGUCUACCUUCGCUUCAGGCUCUGAUCGUGUCGAGGCUCUCGUUUUUUGACCAUCAAUCUCUAGCUAAGGUCGAUCACAGCACGCAAGAAUUUUAUGGACUGCGACUCUUGGUUGCUGCGAAUUGUGAGAAUACUACCGCACUAAGUUUGGCGUCAGCACUCUUCCAUUUUCCCACCCUAGUCUACUUGGACCUCUCCUCGUCGCAAGGUGCGAGAAAUCCUUUAGUACUUAAAAGAAUUGUAUCGCUCGAGAAUCUUCAGGUCCUCAAAUUACAGAACUGCGGAUUGAGGGAUGCUGAUUCGGAGCAUCUUUGCUUUGCAUCGAGUUCAUCCAUCAAGAUUCGUAGUCUCGAUUUGAGCCACAACCAUCUUUCCGAAAAUGGUAUUUACAACAUUGUUCAUCGUUUGAUACCGGCUGGGCCUUUGUAUGAGAGGCACGGCCAAGAAGUCCCCAGCAGCAAGUCUUCAUUAAGUGGGGGUCAAUGGUCUACGAAAGAGUCCACUAGCAAGGAGAUCGCGAAUAUGGAGAGCUUCAUGUCGACCGGAUUAGCAGGCAAGAUUGAGGGCCAAUGGUUUGAUGAGAGUACAUCGACAUUUGGCCUGUCAUACCUUUAUAUUAGCGACAACGAUCUUACCAUUGAUAGCGUCAUCAACAUCCUCCAACAUGUAUAUCUCCAGUUCCUAGAUUGUGGUUCUUUGAAUUGUAGCACGCGUACAGACCUCUCGACUUCCCCCGCUUCCCGAAAAUUAUCAUCUAAUUCCAUAGGGCGUAUCGGUUCAAAUCUACUAUCCCAAGCAUUCAAGAAUAUUAAGACAUUGAGGAUACAUCACAGUAUUGUAACUCGGGAGCUUGUUACCAACCCUGCCAACUCAUUCGAAGAACCAUGUCUCGAACUUCAAGGCGAGAAAUUGAUAUUCGAACUGGACUCUACGCACAUUGACUCAUCAGAUACAUACCACGAAUUGGACAGUACAAGCAUCGACCAGCCUGGGACAAAUACCAUUGCGUUUUGGGAGAGUCCUGAUGAUGUAGGAUCAGAUCUCUUAACUAACCCCUCCUCGAACAAGAUCACCCAGUAUGUUAUCUCUCAUAUGACUUUGAAACCGAAAAAAUACCCUCUUCACCGGGUUUCUGCAAUUCCUAGUCCAUUUCCUUCGGGAUCCGAAACGUCCCACUACAAGAAUCAUGUACCGAGCCCGAUUUCCGCACAUACAUUCCAACCGCAAUCGAAUACCCGAGAGAUUAUCUCCGAAGUUACUCAACUUCGGCACCGUCUAGAGUCACGAGAAAGAAACCCAUAUCGAUUAAAGCCAUCUACGUUACCGAACUUGAAGAAACUUAUUUUGACCAAUGUUCCCACCAAAACUAGAAAUCGGCAAACAAUAUAUACAAUACUCUUAUUUCUUCAAGAAUGUGCCGAGGAUGAAGAAUUAGCGAGACUAGAAGCAUCUCUCAAACCUCUCGAUAAGAAUUCAGCAACUUCGAAGGAUCUGCUCAAAAUCCAAAAGAUAAUCUUCGAAAUAAGUGCACAUAACGAACCAGAAGAUUUACCACCAACCGGAAUAAGCCCAAGUCGAAAGCUCAAAAGCGACCUAGUUACCAAAUCAUCGACGGAAGAUGAAGAUAGUGAAAGAUUUAUGACGGCGAGGCAUAUCAGUGCCAGACGUGACAGACCUAGUGAAGGCUUGAUUUGGGAUGAGAUGGGAACAGGCUACGCUGGAGAUGAGAGCAUGACAGGCAAGGAAGCACAAAUUUGGGAUGUGGUGCACGAGAUCAAGAAAUGUAGAAGAGGAAGGAAAGAAUCAUAUGAUCAAGCUAUGGAGUCUAGGAUACCGAUUGACGUUGUGGCGCAUCUAGGACACUGGAGAGGCGAAGUGGGUGUUGUGAGGAUGGAAUGA